AUGAUGAUCUUGGCUUGGAAUUGUAGGGGGGUGGCUAAGCCGUCCUUCAUGUCCUCCUUUAAGAGAUUAGUACAGCUCCAUUGCCCGGAGAUCUGUUUCCUAUGCGAGACUCGAUUAUCUGGUGAGGGGCUUAGUCGUGUUAGGCGUCGCUUGGAUAGGGAGUGGGCUACCUAUGCAGUUGACUCCCGAGGGUUAUCAGGAGGCAUGUUGGUCUUGUGGAGGCGAGGGGUGGCGACGAUGGAUAUUUUCCACAAUUGCUCCCAGCAGGUAGUUAUGGUAGUAUCGAAACCAGGAGCUCCUCCGUGGGUACUCUGUGGUGUGUAUGCGAGUACGGAUCACAGGGCUCGGAGAGUCCUCUGGCAGGAGAUUACUAACCUCAUCACCCAGGGCAUCCCGACGGUUGUGGUCGGUGACUUUAAUUGCAUCCAGGGUGAGAACGAGAAGCGGGGUGGUGCUGCCUACACUGACAGAUUGGACAGGAGGGAGUUUCGGGACUUUGUCUUGCGGAAUGGCCUGGUAGACCUUGGUUUCUCAGGAUCUAAGUUUACUUGGUGCAAUAAUCAGUCAGGCAGUGCCAGAGUCUGGGAGCGCCUAGAUAGGGCCUUUGCAUCCCCAGAUUGGAUUCUCCGUUUUCCUACCUGUCAGGUCAGUCACCUUCCUCGGAUUGCCUCUGACCAUUGCCCCCUGCUUCUAUCCACAUCGUCGGUUCGCGCCCAUCAUAGCCCCUUCCGUUUUGAGAAGGUUUGGCUAUCAUACCCUCAGUCGUGGGAUGUCGUCCGCGAUGCGUGGCGCACCCCAGUACGUGGCGAUGCCAUGCAGGCGGUCUCGCGCCGAUUGGAAUUGACUAAAAGGCGUUUACGCCGAUGGAAUCGUGAGGUCGUGGGUAACAUCUUCCGGCGUUUGGAAGGGGUUGAGUCUUCGAUUGCUGAGUUACAGAGGAAGGAAGACCUAGGAGGGGCGCUCAUGGAGGACGAUAUGUCUGACCUUCGGGGGUUGCUAGCGACUCAUCACUCGUUGCUGCGGCAGCACGAGAUCUUCUGGCGACAGAAAUCCCGUGUGCAAUGGGUGAGAGAGGGUGAUCGCAACACUAGGUUCUUCCAUCGGUCGACGAUUAUUCGGCGGCAGCGGAGUUUGAUUCAUUCCCUGCGAGAUGAGACGGGCCAUCGGGUAGAGGGCGAGCAGACGGUUCGGCAGACCCUCUUUGACUUUUUCCGAGCCAGAUGGACGGAGGACGACGAGGCUAGUCACAGUGACCGCCCUCUGAGGGUGGACAGGGGUAUUGGCGAUGAUGAGAGGGCUUCCUUGAUUCGACCGGUAUUAGCACAAGAGGUACAGGAGGCAGUUUGGGCGCUGGCUACUGACAAGGCUCCAGGGCCCGAUGGUUUUCCUCCCUUUUUCUUUCGGAAGUACUGGGGCAUUAUCCACCGAGGUGUGGUGGAGGCUAUCCAGUGUUUUUUCGUUCAGGCCGCGAUGCCCGAGGACUGGAAGGCCACAUUCAUCACGCUUAUACCAAAGCGUCAGGAUGCGGUUGAGCCCAGUCACUUCAGGCCUAUUAGCUUGUGCACAACCUUGUAUAAGGUUGUGGCAAAAAUUAUGGUGGGCAGAAUGAAGCCCCUUUUACCUGGUAUUAUCAGCUAUGAGCAGGGGGCAUUUGUAGCUGGUAGGAACAUUUCACAUAAUAUUUUGUUGGCUCAGGAAAUGAUGUGGGAUCUCCAAAGAGCACCGAAAAGGCGCAGCUUGAUGGCCAUCAAGCUGGAUAUGGAGAGGGCUUACGACAGGAUCAAGUGGAGCUUUCUCGAGCGAGCACUGGUGGCGUACGGUUUCCACAGGCGAUGGAUUGGAUGGAUCAUGGGAUCAGUAUUGGGUUCCAUACCAUUGUACCUCAUGGCUCACACUGUGAUACCAAAGAUGACUCUGUUGAGGAUCGAGCGUCUUCUGCGGAGUUUCUUGUGGGGAUCACACGGUGGGGGCCAUGGCGUGCAUCUGGUGGCUUGGGAGCAGGUUUGCCGUCCUACCAGUGAGGGUGGCCUAGGGGUGCAGUCGUUGAUGGGGAGGCGCGAGGUUCUCAUUGCCCGGCAUGCGGUUCGAUUCUUGCUUGAGCCACACAGCCUAUGGAGUCAGGUGAUGGCAGCUAGAUAUGGCUGUGGGGGCCUAGAGGGAGUAGGGCGGGGUCGCCGAGUCUCUUUCAUGUGGCGCGAGAUUGGGAGGUAUCUGCUGACUGCAUCAGCGAACACCAGAUGGCUGAUGGGUGACGGCAGGAGCAUUGAUGUGACCAGUGAGCCGUGGGUGGACACCCUCCCAUUGGGGAGGUGGCCGACCAUGGUUAGCAUAGAGGCAGCAGAGGGACUACGGGUUUGCGACCUUCUGGCGGCAGGUGGAGCAGAGUGGGAUGAUGCUAGACUUCGACAGCUAUUUGGGGUACAUCUAGCAGCGAGGAUCCGGUCCAUCCCGUUACCAGGAUGUGCAGGAUCGGAUGUCAGGGUAUGGGGCACCUCGAGCCGGGCCAGGGUCAGGUUGGGAGACCUCACCCGGGUCAUUCAGCCAGAGCAGGAUAGGGGGCCGGAUGGUGAUUGGAUCUGGAGGUACGGCCUCCACCCGCGGGUAGCCCUCUUUUUAUGGAAAGUUUUCUGGGACCGCCUGCCGACGAGAGCAGCACUGAGUAGGUGUGGAUGGGGGAUCCCCGCGGAGUGUGGGACAUGCGGGGCCGUGGAGUCAGUGGAUCAUGUGCUCUUCCACUGUAUAUGGGCGAGGCUCACAUGGCAGUGGGCCGAGGUCCCGCAGGAGGCUCGGAGUGAGCGACUACAGUUUCUUCACACGAUGCGGCAGUGGCUAGCCAGCACGAGGACGAGUCAGGAGGCCAUUAGAGCGACUUGCACAGUGUAUCAGAUUUGGCUGGCAAGAAACGCUCGGACCCUCGGUGACCGCAGGGUGUCACCACGAUUUGCUGCGGAGCAUGCUCGUGUACAGGCUUCAGAGAUCAUGCCCACCCACUCUUCAGAUAGGCCUUUGACAGCUCAGGGCACCUGGGGCCCCCCUUCUGCUUCGGCAGCUCAUCAGAUGGUUAAUUUUGAUGGGUCGGUGCUGGAUGGUGGCACGCGGGGCGGUGCAGGCUUUAUCAUACGAGACCCGCAUUCCAGGGUAGUGGCAGCAGGUGGCUGCCAGUUGUUUGACAUAUCAGUUCCGGAGGCAGAGCUUCGAGCUGCCUGGGCGGGUGUGCGCCAUGCGAGGAUGGUCCUGCAGGCUAGCUCGAUCAUUUUGGAGGGUGACUCGGCCACGGUCAUCAGAUGGAUCCAGAGGGGGGAGACGGCUGAUGGUACAGACCACCCCUUGAUUCGUGAUAUACGGAUGAUGAUGGGAGAUGGGAGGGCUUUUUUGGUUAAGCAUGUAUUUAGGGAAGCUAAUGGGGCAGCCGACUGA